CACAACUGAAGUCUUUCCUAACUUCUCACAUGCUAAAAUUAUGAGAACUAAAUAAACAAACAAACAAACAAACACAUUUUAUCCCGUAUCUGGCACCAACCUGUUUUUUUUUUUUUUUUUAAACUUGCUUGUUUCUCACUAAGCCAAGUGACUGUCAAAUAUAAGCGACACUGUGUAUAUUUUUAAAAAUUGUUUAUGGGUUGCCAAGGCAACGGCAGAGGAGCAGUGGCAGAACCUCAGAGGUGCAAAGAAGUUUCUUCUUCUCUGAUUGUUGAUAGUCAAAGGACUUUUGAAGAGCUGCUCUGAGUUCCUGUGUGGGCGCCUCAGCUGCGAGAAUGGCGUCGGCAUCUGGCAGUUCACCACAACCUGCUUCUGCCCUGAGCGGCGCCUGGAGGCCUACAGGUUCAUCCUCGGACACUUCAAGGAUUUAGUCCAUGACGAAGAGUUUUUUGCAGCUCUCUGCACAGGAACUCAGUGGGAUCCUCGACACAGAUGACCUUAAUGUCAGGAAGGAGAGUUUUGUGUACGACGCUGUUCUUCGCUGGAUCGCCCACAAGCCUGAGGACCGGGAGAGACACAUUGAUGAGCUUUUCUCAAAGGUUCGACUGGCACUGGAGUCCCUUCAGUCGGCUGAAUAUUACAACACGGACACCGAUGAGUGGAAAGAGCUGCAGGUUGGCGGCUUUGACGGCAUCCCCCGUCUGCGUAGCGCCCAGGCCUACAAACCCCCACACCUGGAGCGGUGGUGCCCAUGUUGACCCCCCGUAGCAACUUUGGCAUCGAGGUGAUCGACGCUCGGCUGUUCGCCGUGGGUCGAGUAUUACGACGCGGCGGCCGAGAAGAAGAUGCACAUAGCAUCUCACCUGUCCGGCUUGACUAAAACAUAAUAAAGCACAGUUGAGGACAA